CCGGACAUGUCCCCGUUUUUAACUGUGCGUUAAAAACGGACCUCAAAGUGAAAUAUUUUACUUGGCAAGAAAGACCGGGCAGCAGAGCCUACCGGUUGACGUCUCAAUCGCAUUGUGUUUGUUUUGUCCAGCAGAGGGGGCUGCUCGACAAAGCAUCUUAAUUCACUCUUCUACUAACUACGUGCUCGAGAAAGUUAUAGAGAGAACUGCUGUGGAAGUCUUGUCCAGAAGCUAGCAAGUGUCAAGUGAAUCCACAACAUCACCACAAACGUCUUUUCAAGCCAGAUUGGAGGGGAAGGAUAAAUGAAGGGAGUAAAAAGAGUGACACAAGGAGAGUGAAGAGCAGACAGAGGAGAUGCAAUGACUCUUUCCAAGAAACGGAAAUGCACUUAUGAAAAACGAGAAUUUCCAUUUAUACGCUCAGGUCAAGACGAUAGAAUGGUUCACUGCACCCUUUGUAAUUCCUCUCUUUCAAUUGGCAGCUGGAGAAGAACGGCAGUGUAAAGUCAUCCCAAAAUGUAACCUGGAAAACAUUCUUCUCUGCCUACAACAAAUACCAACUUUUGAGGACUGAAUAGGCUGGGGAGGGUCAAUGUCCAUACCAAAGUUAAAAAUGUUCAGCAGCGGGAGGUGAUUGGCUUAGGUGGUCUUGCCCACAUCAUUCAUAACACGACCAGAACAGCUUUGGAUAUGAUGUUGAGUACCUGCUCACAAAGAUAUUUGGAUAUGUUCAUAUUUUCACUGUCAGAGUAGAGAGACUGAAAGCCUUUUGUGAGUUUGUUGGCCAGGAGUACCAUAACAUUUUAGGACACAGAAAUGUUCGCUGGCUGUCCAUGCUCCCUGCUCUAGAAAGAGUGCUGAAAAGGUAUGUGCCAUUGAAAUCCUUUUUUCUUUCUGAAGACAAAUGCCCUGUUGUCCUGCAAACAAUGUUUGAAGAUCCACUGACUGAACUUUAGCUGGUCUUUGUCCAUGGAAACCUGACCAUAUUCAGUGGCACGAUCAAGAUGCUUGAAGGCCAGGACCGCUGUGCGGUGGAGUCAGCUACAAUUCUGGGAAACGUUGAGGCAAAAUUGACUAAGACGUGAUUACAACUUCAUUCCAGUUUGUCAGAGGACUUCUGAGAGAGCUAGAGGAAAAUGGAGCCAUGUCUAAAGAGAGCUUUCUCAAAACAUCCCAAUCGUUCUUCACUAUGGCUGUGAACUACUUGCAAGCAUGGGGAAAGCACACAGAUAAUCUAAAAGAUUUACAUAGUCUCCUUUUAAAAAGGCAACCUCGGCGUGAAGAGAUCCAGAAGGCGGCAGGCACACUGCAGGAAAAAUACCCCAAUGUGACCAUCAAUGAGGAGGCCUUGUGUGACGAGGUUACUGGCCUGCAAGAGUUCCUAAAGGGGGGAUCGCUUGAAGAAUGGAAAACGUCUGAGACACCGCUUAGUCAGAGAUGGAGCACGGUGGUUACACACUUCAAAGAGAAUGACAUCCCGCACCCUAACCUGGCUAGGUUAGCGUCUGUUGACAUGUGCUGGAAGUAAUGCACCAGUCGAGAGAGUGUUCUCCCAAAUAAAUGCUCUACGGACAGCAGCAAGAAAUAGGUUCACUGUUCCUACCAUCAAGGCCAUGCUUAUUGUGAAGACAAACUUCAACCUCCCCUGCCAGGAGUUCAUGGAGAAGCUGGCCAAAGACAGAGCAAUCCUGAAGAAAAUUCAUUCUUCUGAGAAAUAUACAUAUUAGGUUGGUAUAAGUAUAUUAUGUAGUUACCAAUCUCAUCAGCAUCUUAUUUCUUUAUUACAUUGUAAAGCAUUUCACAUAGACUAUUGUCUGUUUUUUCAAUUUUGUUCAUGAUCUCUUCUGCUCUUAGUCUUCCCAGACUACCAGGACCACUGAAUGGCUAUUCAGGUCGGACAGUUCUGUCUUGUCUGUAGUGUUUCUGUAAUAUAGUUGUUUUCUCUAUCACAGUGUGCCUGUUAGACUAAAUACACGAAACCGGAAUUGUCCCCCUUUUUUAUUUCAUAGAUGAUAACAUUGGAUAUUUUAAUUAUAUAUUGACCGCCGUACUGGAAAUGUCCCAGGUUUUAAUUUCAGAAAUCUGGUCACCUUAAUCUAAUUACAAUAGCUAACUAGGUAGGUCACCCUCUGUUUUCCUGUGUGAUUAAUGUUACACUCGCUGACAUGCUAUCCAGCUGCUGGACAAACAAAAGUAGCUAUCUGUUCAAAUCGGUGCUCUGUAACGGUACUCUUGAUAGUGUGUCUAACGUUAGUAUACACAAGUGUAGUAGCAUGUUAUUGUUGACACUAACCGCGGUACUACCCUUACUUAUUUGGUUUUCCAGAGAUAAAAAACGCUUCUACGCGAGAUUGUGAAUGGCCGACUUCGACAAGGCCAAGGAUUAGAAGGACAUGGUCAAAGCCACUAUGAUGCAGGAGAGGAGGAAAUCUGGUCUAACCAACACACACAGCCUUACCUCUUCCCUGACUCUCCAGGAGGAACUUCUUAUGAAAGAUAUGAAAUGUACAAGGUAGCUAACUAAAUUAGGAUGUCCAUUGUGCGUUGCGGAUACAUACAACUGAUUCUCAAAUAUACCCCCAGCAUGUUAUUGCACCAACGUCGUGAAAGUGACAGGCACGUUUUAAUUUUUGUCAAAAACAACUUUAUAUUGAAGGAGUGCCUUUGAUUUGACGGCCUGCACAUGCGCAGUUCGGUGCGAGAGACCGUUAGACCCGAGGAUGUGUUUCUGUGCAUGAGUUUGCUAGCCAACGCCCCCAUGACAUUGCCUACCAGCGUGAACUGGGAUUUCUGUUGGAGAAGUAGUGUCUGUGAUCUUCAUACGGUCCCUGAAUGGUGUCUAGAUCACUGGCAUCCCUCAGACGGCCAUGUAUCCUACUUUGCCAAGAGGGAGCAGUGGAAGAACCUGCGAGAACAGAGCUGGGACAGAGAGGUCCAGGAGCUGCAGGGAGUGACCCCUGCCAUUGGGCCCAAGUCGGAGGCCUUACCCCCAGUCCGCAAGAACUGCGACCUGCCCCCUCUGUGGUGGCAGUACGCCACCUACCCCAGGGAGUGUCCCAUCUUUCAGCCCCCGGAUGACACUACCUGGUAAUAAAAGCAAAUGGCAGCUCACCACAGUACCUUCUACCACACAACAGCAUGCAGAUUCCCCUCCUUGUGAAUUACUGUCCCUCUGUAAAGAUAUUUAUAUAAUGGAAUAGAUUUGGAAGAGGUUGCAGUAAGCUUUGUCAGAAGGUAUUCCACCCUGCCUGAAUUGACAGUAAUUAUUUAGUUGUAAAAGCAGGUGACUUUCAAAUGUACUGUAGCUGUUAUUUGCCCUGUACAAGGACCUCUGUUUAAAUAAAUUAGUAUAAUUA